AUGGCCAAACAGAAUAACCUAUGGAGGUUAGACCUACUAGAAUGCCACUACCUACCAGAUCAACACCCUCCUCGCUACUCCAGAACUAAACUACUCCUCAAGUCCAAAAAGAAACCGGCUAACCUAUUACCAAAUAAUAGAACUCAGGCCCUUGAAGAAAUAGAUUCUCUUAGAUCUGAUAUCUUUAAUAAGAAACUACACAGUUCUAUAGUGAAAUAUAAAAGAACUCUGAAGAAAUUAAUCAAGACUAAUCAAAACAACAAGAAAUUAGAUAAAGAUGAAUUAAAUUUCAUUAAAAAUUUAAAUAUUGAUCAAAUUACAAAUAUCAAGAUUAUUAAAUUAAUUCAAUCAGUUUUCAAGAUAAUACCUAAAAAAACCAUAUUGGAACCAAAUACUAAAUUGAAAUGUAUCCCUGAUUGGAUUUACCAGGGGUUGGUUGAUAAAACAAAUCAAUAUAAUCAGUCUUUUUUCUAUAAUGGAUUAACCCAAUUGGAGAAAAAUUAUUAUUCAAAAUUAAUGAAUAAUAAAGAGUUGGUUAGUAUUAUCAAGAUUAUUGAAAACAGUUUAAAGAUUGUCCUAGGUCCUGUUGAGAAUAAGGAAGUUAAAAAGGAUAUUGAAGAUGUUUCAACUGAAGAAAGUGAAAGUGAAGAGGAGGAGAAUGAAGAUAAUGAAAAUUCAGAAGAUGAAGAAUCAGAAGAUGAAAAAGUUGAUGAUGACAAGGCUGAAGAAGAGGACGAUUACAGUCAAUAUGAUGCAUUAGUUGCUGGCUCUGAAGAUGAAGAAAGUGAAGUUGAAAUGGAUCAAAAUAUAAAUUAUAAUGAAGGGAAAAAAGAAUUAAACCUCCCAGAAUUAGCAACUGGUUAUUUCUCUGGAGGUUCAGAUUCUGAAGAUGACCAUGAAAAUGAUAAAGUUGUCAAGAAUUUAUUAAAACCUCAAAAGAAAAAUCGUAGAGGUCAAAGAGCUAGACAAAAAAUUUGGGAAGCAAAAUUUAAAAAUAAUGCUAAUCAUAUCAAGAAGGAAAAAGAGGAACAAUAUAAAGAGAGACAACAAAGACAAAAAGAAUAUGAAGAAAGAGUGGCUAAAAGAGCUGCUAAGGCUAAAGAAUUGGAAAUUACCGGUAGUAAUAAUAUCCCAUUAAAAGAAAGAGGUUCUUCAAAAGAAGCUGAACAAGAUCAUAAAUUACAUCCUUCAUGGGAAGCUAAAAAGAAACAAGAAGAAGCUCAAAAGAAUAUUAAAUUCUCUGGUAAAAAAAUCAAAUUUUGA